UUCGGAUUGUCAUUAGGCAAUAUGACUAGGCUGGACUCUAUUACGGCUGUACCGAUUGAUAAAAUCAGAGAUUUGGCUAAUUCUCUCGCUGGUAAGUUUAUCGAUUUAAGAUGGGCAAUGUUCACUCUUCCAGCAGAAUAUGAUCGUAAUUUGCUAUCUAAGAUGUAUUCGUUAAGUGAGUGGAAUCGAACAUUUAAGCGAUGCCCAAGAUGUGCAUCAUUCCUUAGCAGAUGUGCUGCCAAGACUUCUGCUGCUUGUGGUUAUUGUCAAUCAGUUUUUUAUCCACCGAUCAGUCCUGCUAUAAUUUGCUUGGUAACAAAUAGAGAAAAUAGCCAUGCUUUACUUGUGCAUCUUCCACGGUCUCCAAAUACUGUUUAUACAUUAAUUGCAGGAUAUGUACAAAAUGGAGAAUCACUGGUAGAAGCAGUUCGACGAGAAGUUGGUGAAGAAGCAGGUGUCGAUUGCGAUGAGAUAGUUCAGUUAAACAUGUCUCAAUCUUGGCCUAUUCAGAAUAAUUCCAUCAUGUGCGCAUUUCGUGCAGUUGCCGAUCCUAAGCAAAAGCUUGAUAUUUGUAAAAAUGAAUUGUUGGCAGCAAACUGGUUCAGUCGUGAAGAGGUUCAAUGGGCAUUUGAUAAUACUACUCGAAAUUUGAACCAUAUAAAUGAAAGCAUCCCACCCAAAUUUCAGUUUAUUUACGUUCCCCCGUACGGCGCACUAUCUAAUCGAAUGAUAAAACAUUGGUUAGGAGAGAAACCUUGA